GAUCUCUUUUAUUGCAAUACUUAAAUUUUCUCCAAUAUCCCUCGCGAAUCAUCGCAUGUGUACCUCUCAGUAACACCGCAGCGAUGCUCAUCGAUGGUGAAAAGUAUGCUUGUGAAGCUUGCGUCCGGGGUCACCGAGUCAGCAGCUGUCACCACAGCGACCGCCAAUUGACCCAUAUCAACAAAAAAGGCCGCCCAGUCUCUCAAUGUACUCACUGCCGCGGUCUACGCAAGUCUCGGACUACCCAUACCCAGUGUGAUUGUGGCGACAAGAAGAAGAAGGACGACUGUCAUACCGGCAUUCCCCAUGGCCGCUGUGGCUGUUGUCAUGGCCAGCGCUGUACCUGUGCGCUCAAAAAGGAACACCUAGACACUGUCCCCGAAACCGGUCUUCCCUUCUCUCCGCCGCUUCCAACUGAAACCCCGCGGAAACCCCCCUUACGUCUACCAAAUCGGAAUCGACGCUUACGAUUUUCCGCGACGCAUAAUGACAUGGCCCACAAAUGCGGAUUGCCCUAUACGAUCCCUCGAUCGCAUAGCAUCCACCAUCCAUCAGACUUGUCCCGUCGGUCUAUGGAUCAUUUGCCGCUAGGCCAGUCGGUCUUCAUCAAGGAAUCCCUCUCCCUGUCCGAUUUCCCUACCUCGCAACAAGUGUCGCAAAAGGGUUCUCCCAACAGCGCGCCUGGUGCGGGUGUUGAGGAUGAUGUGAACGCCACUCCCCUCGAUCACUCCUACCUCGACAGUUUUGUUACGCCCGCGCCGCCUGCUCUAUCAUUAGACCGAGUCAACGACGGGCUCUCAAUUCCGACCUCUACCUCUACCAUGGACAAAUAUCCCCUGGAACACAUCGUCACUAGUGUUCCUCCGCUUGACGUCUCCUCCUUCGCCUCCUUCCCGACUACAAGCACCAAUUCUCCGAUUAACUGCAUGGCCUAUCAAGAACCUUUCCAAGAAUGUUAUUUUACUUCCCCCGAUUCCGAUCUGCCUCUGGGAUCUGGCGGCAUUGGUGCUCCCUCAGUCGACUGGUCGAGUUUCCCUCUGUACUCCGACAUGCCUGCUGCAACCAGCACUCAAGCCCCGUCAUAUGCUAGCUUCGAUUACAACGCAUAUCCCUCGGGUCUCCCGCCGCCAUCAUCCUCCGGAGAGAUCUCCGAGGCUGACGAGUUUGGGCCGCUUCCAGGGUUAGGUCAUGCCGGCAAUGACAUGCACGAUCUGCACAGCGUGAGUGAAGCGUCUGACAUGGACCACCUCCGUAUCAGCUCCGCAUCCUCAUUGGCCGGUCUUCCCCAGACGCAUCUUUUGUCAUCCAAUGACCUGGAAUCGAUCAACAUCGAUGAUUUUCUCAAGUCAACCAAUGAGUCCACCGCUGCGCUCGAGCACCAACUGCAAGCCAGCAUGGGCAUAGAGGCCAAGCCGGUCCCUGCGCAGGAUCUCUACGCCAUGCCGCAGAUCCCGGGAUACAAGGCCAUGACGUCGGUUCCGAUCACUGGCGAUCCCUCGCCGCCCCCAGAUUCUGUUCCCCUUUGGCCGAGCGGUCUCUUCGAUGCCACUUCCGCCCCUCCCAUUGACGACAACUACUUCCAACAAUCCUGGGCAUAG